AUGGAUCUUCGUGUGGCGGGUGUUCUCGCCCUGCUGGUGGCGCUAGCCGGAGCAACGCCUGACCGAUACUACCACUCCAAAAAAGGCCCGUCAUAUCCAGUAAAAGGCCAGGAAAUUUCAGGUGCACCAGGUAUGCCAGGUGAGCCAGGACCUCAGGGUCCUCCCGGCCCCCCUGGUCCCCCUGGAAUGAGUGCUAUGGGUCACCAAGGACCAAGAGGACCACCCGGACCCGCUGGCCCCACCAGUUAUUGUGCUCCUGGAAAGUCUGGUAGCCCUGGAAUGCCUGGAAAACCAGGUGACAGUGGAAUGCCAGGAGAACGAGGACAUACUGGACCCGUAGGACCCCAGGGAGCGAGAGGAGCCCCGGGAUCGUCCGGCAGCCCAGGACCUGCUGGUUAUUCUGCCCCUGGAAAGCCUGGACCUCAUGGUCUGCCAGGUGGAAUGGGACCCCGAGGAGAGUCCGGCACAAAAGGACAACCAGGUGCCCCUGGUCUGCCCGGUCCAAAAGGUGAAACGGGUCACGGUUUGCCAGGAAGUGCUGGUGCGCCUGGUUCGAUGGGUCCUAUGGGCCCUGCAGGUCAGCCUGGUCAACCUGGAAUUGGCAAGCCUGGUCCAUCUGGAUACCCUGGAGAACCUGGAAAACCAGGUAUGCCAGGUAGGGAGGGAGCUCCAGGUCCCAUGGGUGCACAAGGUCCAAAGGGUCAUGCUGGAGCUCCAGGUAUCGGUGCCUCAGGUAAACCAGGUCAGAAUGGUGCUCCAGGUAUGCCCGGCCCAAUGGGACACAAAGGUCUUCCAGGACCAGCUGGACAGCCUGGUGCUCCUGGUCUUUCAGGUGCUGGUAAACCCGGACCAGCCGGACUUCCCGGACACCAAGGUGCACCUGGUGCUCCUGGAGGCCCAGGACAUAAAGGAGAGCCAGGUCCCACUGGUUUUACAGGUGCUACAGGUGCUCCCGGGCCUGUGGGCCCAACUGGUGCUCAGGGUCAUAAGGGAUUUCCAGGUGAGCAAGGUGCACCGGGACCUAAAGGUGAUACAGGUAUGAUUGGGGCACCUGGUGGAAAGGGACAAAAGGGAGAUCAGGGAGCACAGGGAUUCUCUGGAAAACCAGGUACGCCUGGUGCAGCUGGUCCACCAGGUUCUACUGGAGCUACGGGAUAUCAGGGUCCAAAAGGUGAGAGAGGAUACUCAGGACAACCAGGAACUCCUGGAGCCGCUGGGCAACAGGGCAUGAAGGGCCACACUGGCCCACAGGGCAUGCCAGGAAGCAGAGGAGAAAAUGGCUCUCCAGGACCUAGAGGUCCAUCUGCACCUUCAGGGCAAACUGGAGCUCCAGGUCCCAAAGGUAUCACUGGUCCACCUGGACCUCCCGGCCCUGCAGGAAUCAUGACCAAAGGCAUGUCUGGCCCACAGGGUCCUCCCGGAAUCACUGGUGCCAGAGGUCAGGACGGUCGCCCAGGCCCGGCCGGAUCCCCCGGCCAACCCGGUCCACCAGGCGAGAUGAUUUACCUCAACGAGAAGAGCAUGCCCAUCAAAUCUGAAGUGAUGCCCGUCAGUCAUGAGCUGAUGAAGCCGCCCAUGUCAGCCUUCACGGCUCUGCUGACCAGAGCGUACCCCAGCGCAGGAACCCCGAUCGCCUUCAACCAGAUCGUGUACAACGGGGAGAACCACUACGACCCUCACUCCGGAGUCUUCACCUGCCAGGUUCCAGGAUUUUACUACUUCGCCUUCCACAUGCACGUCAACGGCGCAAACGCCCUGGUGGCUCUUUACAAAAACAGUGAGCCGGUUCUGUUCUCAUACGACGAGUACAACAAGGGCUUCCUGGAUCAGAUGUCAGGUAGCACCGUGCUCAUGCUGCACACGGGCGAUACCGUCUACGUCCAGGUACCCGACGACCAGUCCAACGGCAUCUACGCCGACGAUAACGUCCACUGUUCCUUCUCUGGGUUCCUGAUCGCCUCCACGUGA